UAAUUUGGUCUUUACUGAAAAUUUUUGUUUGUUUGUUAUGAUUCUAGCUUCAGUCUCCUGUUGUUCAAAAAAUGGUUAAGAUUUUAAAAGCCAAAGAGAGCAGCUAUUAUCCUACUUCUCAGAACAUUUUGAAGGACGUAGAAGAUGCACUUAUGGAAGCCCAAGAUAUUGAACUGUACCUGAGACCACUGAGAAGACCCAUUCAGUUUCUUCAGGAGACAGAAUUCCCCAAGAUCCAUGCUUUAAUUCCCCCUUUGUUUCACACCAUCUGCCUGAUCUGGAGUCACUCCCAGUUUUACAGUGUGCCGGCACGAAUAAUAGUUCUACUGCAAGAGUUCUGCAAUCUGUUCAUUGACCAGGCUAGAUCAUACCUCUCACCAGAAGAUCUUUUGAAAGGAGAAAUUGAAGAAACAUUGGAACAUGUGCAAAUAGCUGUAAAUACCUUAAGGAGCUUUAAGAAUUUCUUCUUUAGCCACAGAGAAAAGUUGGCAAGUUAUUUCACCAAUGGCAAGGAAUUUAAACCGUGGGAUUUCCAAUCUAAUAUGGUGUUUGCCAGAUUUGACCUAUUUCUCAACCGCUUAGUGAAAAUUGAGGAUAUCUUUGUUAUCAUGUUGGAAUUUCAAAAGCUGGAAAAGCUGGAGUUCGGUGGAGUCAAGGGGAAAACUUUGAGUGAACAAAUCUACAGGAUGAAUGAAGAAUUUAUAGAAAGCUGUAAAGUUUUUAAGGAGAAAACAUACGAUCCUUCAGAUUACAAUAAUGUGGAAUUUGAAGAUGACUAUGUUGAGUUUAAAGCCAAAAUCCUGGAUUUUGACAGACGUCUUGGGUCAAUCCUUUGUGUAGGAUUUCUUGACUGUUCUGGUUUAGAAUCAGCAUUCAAGCUUUUAGCCAUCUUUGGCUAUUUUCUAGAGAAACCUGUUAUCAUGGAGAUUUUUAGCCCAAAUUACAACAUCUUACUGCAAAUGUUUGAUGAAGAGCUGGAUAAUUGCAAACACUUGUAUGAUGAGCACAUUAGGCAGAUGGAAGAGGGGAAUGAAAUAAUAAACAAAAAUAUGCCAUUUACUUCAGGAAACCUUAAAUGGUCCAAAGCACUUCAAGAACGAAUACAGACAUUCUGGUCAAACUUCUUGUAUCUGUCUCACCGAAUCCUGGAAGGUCCUGAAACUGCUUUAGUUUAUCAGAAAUACAUAGAGAUGUUGACUUUAAUUGACCAAUUUGAAGAGCAGAUCUAUUGUGAAUGGAAAUCUCAGGUGGAUGAAGUUUGUCAAUUUAAUUUAGAUCAACCACUGAUUAAACGCAAUCCUGAAAAUGGUCUCCUAAGUGUGAAUUUUGACUCUAAGCUAGUGGCUUUGUUGAGAGAGGUGACGUAUCUCCUGAUGUUGAAUCGAUCUGAUAUUCCAGAUUCUGCAUUAGCAAUAUAUGAGAAAAGGAACAUUUUUACUAAGUAUAUUGGAAAUCUUGAACUCAUUGUUCAGUGGUACAAUAAACUUAAACAGACUGUUCUGGAGGUUGAAUAUCCUCUGAUUGAAACUGAGCUGAGAGCCAUUGAUGGUCAGUUAAGAGAAGCAGAAGAAGUGUUCACAUGGCAGAAAGAGAAUUGCUGGAAAUAUAUUGAACAUGUGAAAGCUACAGUGUAUGACUUGGAGCAGAGAGUUCAACAGUCAAAGGAGAAUAUUAAAACAAUUCAGCAGAUUAUGAAUGCAUGGGCAGAACACACACUCUUUUCCAGGAAAGAUAAUAGGAAAGAUGCUUUGUUAAGUCUGGAGGAUAAAGAAGAUAGACUUGCUAAGAAAUACAAGUUUCUAAAAGAGGAUGGCUACAAGAUUCAUCAGCUUGCUGAGGAAAACUUAAAGCUCUUCAAAGCAGAUUCCUCCUCAGACUCUUGGAAGAUUUAUAUAGAGUACAUUGAUGACUUUAUAGUUGAUGGGUUCUUUAACACAAUAAUGCACAAUUUAGACUUCUUCUUGGAGAACACAGAGAAGGGUUUGAAGCCUGCUCCAUUUUUUCAGGCACAAAUGAUCCUUAGUGCCCCGGAGAUCGAAUUUAAACCUUCACUUGAUAAAGAGGCUGGCGAUGGCUUUUAUGACCUAGUAGAAGAACUUUUGAGCAAUGUUUUCAAAAUGUCUGCCCAGGUGAAAAGAGUAGCAGCACACUUGGAAGUAGAAAAUUACCAGGUAUUUUGUACUUUCUUCAUAUACAUGGGAGUAAUGGAUCUAAUUUAA